AUGCAUUUCACCACCACCACCAUCACCGUCACCCUGACGAGACGAAGCCCGAAAGGCCCUGAGCCUAGUGUGAAAGAAAAGCCUGUCUCCGCACCGCCACUGAAGAAGAGGGAAGACGAUAAGGAGAAAGGAAGAAGGAUGAUCGAGAACAAGGCUGCAAGAAGCGACACGCACUCGAAAGGCUCAUCCUCGUCAACAAGCGAGAGGUCAAUCGUUCACAGACCUCCUCCCAAGAAACUAGUCCGCUUCGAUGGCGCUACGAACAAGCGACUCGCACCUCCGCCGAAGAGAACUGUGAGCCCUGAACAGCGGCAGAGAGAGCAAGGGGAGCAGAAGACGGUCCAGCACUCGUCCGAUCGCAUCUACAUCUCGUCGCGCAGAUACCGGAGGAUGCUGUAG